AUGGCGAACUUGUCAACAAAAGAUCUCGAAGYUCAUGUUAAAGAUGCUCUUUCGAAGCUACAAACAGAUAUUUCAAAUUUAACUAAGUAUCAGUUUAAAGCCUUACUACCGUUUUUAAAUAAGAGAGAUACGUUCGUCAUUCUUCCGACAGGUUACGGAAAAUCGCUGAUCUACCAGAUUGCGAUUGGCGUCUCUCGUGAGAUUGAAAAAGAACAAGAGCCAGUUAUCGUCGUUGUUUCUCCUCUCAAUGCAUUAAUACAAGACCAAAUACAGUUGUGUUCUCAGACGGGGAUAAGUGCAUGUAAACUAGACGGUGACAGCCUCAAAAAUUUUGACCAAGUCUCAAAAUCAAGCAUUUUAUACACGAGCCCUGAAGUCAUCGAAAGCGUCGCAGGAAGAAAAUUCAUCCAAAUGAUUAGUGAUCAUUUAGUGGGCAUCGCCAUUGAUGAAUUGCAUUGUAUCAUCAUUAAACUCUCCCCUGAGAAAGCCAACAUUAAGAUCACAAUCCGUAAAGCAGAGAAAGACCUGGAUGAGACCUUCAAGUGGUUAUUGGAGGAGCUGAACUCUCAAAAGGAUCAGACUGAAAAGACAAUUGUAUACUGUCAAACCAUACCUGAUUGUGGAGAAUUGUAUUUAUUGUUUGAUGAGGAGAUUACCUCUGAUGUUAAACAUUUUGCCAUGUACCACAGCAACACCAGAUGA